ACGAUCCAAAAUAUCAUACUUCUCGUAUCCCCAACCCUCAACCCCAACAAAGCAAGAGAAGUAGGGUUUUUGUGCUUGGCAAAAGAAAGAGAAGAGAAGAUGGUGUCAGGUUCGGGGAUCUGCGCGAAGCGCGUGGUGGUGGACGCCCGGCACCACAUGCUGGGUCGGCUCGCCUCGAUUGUGGCAAAGGAGCUGCUGAACGGACAAAAAGUGGUGGUCGUGCGAUGCGAAGAGAUUUGCAUCUCCGGUGGUCUGGUGAGGCAGAAAAUGAAGUACUUGAGGUUCCUCCGCAAACGCAUGAACACCAAGCCUUCCCACGGCCCCAUCCACUUCCGCGCACCCUCCAAGAUCUUCUGGCGCACCGUUCGUGGAAUGAUACCACACAAGACAAAGCGUGGGGAAGCCGCUCUCGCUCGUUUGAAGGUUUAUGAGGGAAUUCCUCCUCCAUAUGACAAGAUAAAGAGAAUGGUUGUUCCAGAUGCUCUGAAGGUGUUGAGACUUCAGAAAGGACACAAGUACUGCAUACUGGGCAGGUUGUCAUCUGAAGUUGGAUGGAGCUACUAUGAUACCAUCAGGGAGCUAGAAAAGAAGAGAAAGGAAAAGGCACAAUUGGUUUAUGAGAGAAAGAAGCAGCUCAACAAAUUAAGGGUGAAAGCCGAGAAGGUUGCUGAAGACAAGCUCGGUUCCCAACUUGAUAUUCUUGCUCCAGUCAAGUACUGAGUAGUCUAUGUUUUAAAAUUUUUUUAUGCAACUUAUACCCAAUUGAAACUACCUUUCAGUUUUGCUUGUUAUUGGCUAUGAAGUAUUGACACCGAUACGGACACCGGACACGGACACGUUGACACCUGUAAUGUCCAAAAUAUUGAACGUAGUAUGGGUGUUGUGUCCGUGUUGGACACUGACACGGACGUGGGUCGGACAUCGGACACGACAAAGGGCUGAGGUGUCCGUGCUUCAUAGGUUAUUGGAUCAUCAUAUCAUAGAUUUGAUAUCUGAUAACUUUGGAAGCUGUUUUUAUUUAACUGGGCUUUGUAGAAAUUUUAUUUAUGUCAUCUCAUCAAGAAAACUUCCAUUGCCUUGAAUCAAUGAUGUUCACAAUCACAGUUGACGUCUUUCUACUGAGUAA